AUGUGUAGUCUCACUCAGGGACAAGCAGGAUUCUGCUAUGCUAAGAAAGAAUCUGAUCUUAAUGGCGCCCAGAUCAAACUUCGAGAAUAUGAAGCAGCACUGAAUUCUAAAGAUGCAGCUCUUGCUACUGCACUUGGUGACAAAAAAAGUUUAGAGGGAGAUUUGGAGGAUCUGAAGGAUCAGAUUGCCCAGUUGGAAGCCUCCUUAGCUGCUGCCAAAAAACAGUUAGCAGAUGAAACUUUACUUAAAGUGGAUUUGGAGAAUCGUUGUCAGAGCCUUACUGAGGACUUGGAGUUUCGCAAAAACAUGUAUGAAGAGGAGAUUAACGAGACCAGAAGGAAGCAUGAAACGCGCUUGGUAGAGGUGGAUUCUGGGCGUCAAAUUGAGUAUGAGUACAAGCUGGCUCAGGCCCUUCAUGAGAUGAGAGAGCAACAUGAUGCCCAAGUGAGGCUGUAUAAGGAAGAGCUGGAGCAGACUUACCAUGCCAAACUUGAGAAUGCCAGACUGUCAUCAGAGAUGAAUACUUCUACUGUCAACAGUGCCAGGGAAGAGCUGAUGGAAAGCCGCAUGAGAAUUGAGAGUCUUUCAUCCCAGCUUUCUAAUCUACAGAAAGAGUCUAGAGCAUGUUUGGAAAGGAUUCAAGAAUUAGAGGACAUGCUUGCUAAAGAAAAAGACAACUCUCGUCGCAUGCUGACAGACAAAGAGAGAGAGAUGGCGGAAAUAAGGGAUCAAAUGCAGCAACAGCUGAAUGACUAUGAACAGCUUCUUGAUGUAAAGUUAGCCCUGGACAUGGAAAUCAGUGCUUACAGGAAACUCUUAGAAGGCGAAGAAGAGAGGGAUCAACCAAUGGGAGGCUGGGAGAUGAUCAGAAAAAUUGGAGACACAUCAGUCAGUUACAAAUAUACCUCAAGAUAUGUGCUGAAGGCAGGCCAGACUGUUACAAUUUGGGCUGCAAACGCUGGUGUCACAGCCAGCCCCCCGACUGACCUCAUCUGGAAGAACCAGAACUCAUGGGGCACUGGCGAAGAUGUGAAGGUUAUACUGAAAAAUUCUCAGGGAGAGGAGGUUGCUCAAAGAAGUACAGUCUUUAAAACAACCAUACCUGAAGAAGAGGAGGAGGAGGAAGAAGCAGCUGGAGUGGUUGUUGAGGAAGAACUUUUCCACCAGCAGGGAACCCCAAGAACAUCCAAUAGAAGCUGUGCAAUUAUGUAAAAUUCUCAUCAACUGUCUUCCUCAAAAUAAAGAAGUAUGGUAAUCCUUACCUGUAUACAGUGCAGAGCCUUCUCAGAAGCACAGAAUAUUUUUAUAUUUCCUUUAUGUGAAUUUUUAAGCUGCAAAUCUGAUGGCCUUAAUUUCCUUUUUGACACUGAAAGUUUUGUAAAAGAAAUCAUGUCCAUACACUUUGUUGCAAGAUGUGAAUUAUUGACACUGAACUUAAUAACUGUGUACUGUUUGGAAGGGGUUCCUCACAUUUUUUGACUUUUUUUGUACGUGUUUUUUCUUUUUUUUUUAAGUUCUGAUGAGGAGGGGAGGGUGAAUAAACCACUGUGAGUCUCGGUAUAAUUUGAAGAUUGCUCCAUCUAGACCAGCAAUCUGCUCUUCAUUAUUCUCUGCUAUAUAUAACGGUGCUGUGAGGGAGGGGGAAUGCAUUUUUCAAUAUACUGAACUUUUGUACCGAAUUUUUUUGUAAUAAGCAAUCAAGGUUACAAUUUUUUUUAAAAUAGAAAUUUUGUAAGAAGGCAAUAUUAACCUAAUCACCAUGUAAGCACUCUGGAUGAUGGAUUCCGCAAAACUUGGUUUUAUGGUUACUUCUUCUCUUAGAUUCUUAAUUCAUGAGGAGGGUGGGGGAGGGAGGUGGAGGGAGGGAAGGGUUUCUCUAUUAAAAUGCAUCCAUUGUGUUUUUUAAGAUAGUGUAACUUGCUUAAAUUUCUUAUGUGACAUUAACAAAUAAAAAAAGCUCUUUUAAUAUUGA